GGCACUGAGAACACAGAGCAUGGAUGCAGCGAUUAGAAAGAUACAGAACCUGUUUAUUAGCGGAAAACUUGCUGUGUUGGAUCCAAGUUUUUUUUUUUUCUUUUUCUCCAAUAAUGGAAAAACAUCCAAGCCGGAAAAUGGAAUAUAGAUUGGAGUUAAUAGUGCUUCUUGUUGUGAUGACAACAGCUACAUCUGUUGCCUCGAGCAGCAAAGACGUCACAGAUGCAGUGGAAUAUUUAAAGAAGUAUGGUUACCUGCACAUCCCACUUGACAGCAAAGGCCAAAACCCUUCACCUGAGCAAGCAGCAGAAGCAAUAAGCAUCUUUCAGAAAGUGAUGAACCUGCAAGUAUCAGGAAAACUGGAUUCAGCCACACUGCAAAUAAUGAACAAGCCUCGUUGUGGUCUAGAAGAUUCUUUCAAUGAGAAAUCUCUCAAAUAUCGAGUUAUGGGCUACUGGCGUAAGAAGAUGCUCACAUACCGCAUUUACAAUUACACUCCUGACCUGGGCCAGUUAAAGACCCGUACGGCCAUCCAGAAUGCUUUUAAAUACUGGAGUGAUGUGUCACCUUUAAAGUUCAGGGAGCUGCAUGGAGGAAGAGCAGACAUCAAAAUCUCCUUUCACAGAAAAGACAGGACGUGUCCAGUGCCCUUUGAUGGACGAGGCCAUGUCUUAGCCCACGCUGAUGCCCCUGAGUCAGGCAUUGUGCACUUUGAUGAGGAUGAACUGUGGACAGAGGGAAAGACCUAUGGCUCCAACCUGAGGAUUGUGGCAGCUCAUGAGAUUGGCCACGCUCUCGGCCUGGGUCACUCACAGUACUACAGCGCACUGAUGGGCCCUGUAUACAACGGAUACCGCUCCGACUUCAAGCUACAUCCAGAUGACAUACGAGGGAUCCAGGCUUUAUACGGAAAGCCAGAGAAGAGUCCUCCAUCCCCAAAUCCAGGCCAGUUAGUGCCAGGAGGAGUUAUUCCAGAUCCUUGCAAGGCCACUCUGGAUGCAGUUAUGUUGGGUCCUUUGCGUAAAACAUACAUUUUCAGUGGACAGUAUGUGUGGACGGUGUCCAACUCUGGCUACAACACUCCCAUCCUGAUUUCUGUACUGUGGAAGGAGCUGCCAGGAAGCCUCAGUGCAGCUGUUCACUCUCAGCGGACUGGCAAGUCCUACUUUCUGAAAGGAGACAAAGUGUGGAGGUACACAGGCUUCAAACUUGAUCGUGGCUUCCCCAAACCGUUGGCCAACAUCCCAACAAAUAUCGACUCGGCCUUUUACUUCAAUAAGAACAAAAAACUGAUCUUUGUCAAAGGCUCUGCAUACUGGCAGUGGGAUGAAAUGGGUCCAACAGACUUUAGCGUAUAUCCCAAACCUCUGGGGCAACUCAUCCGCGGAGCACCCAGCAGCACUGACGCCGUAUUAACGUGGACUAAUGGCCAUAUAUACAUGUUUAAAGGCGCCCAGUACUGGCGAGUAAACCAGCAGCACCAAGCAGUGGAGAAUGGUUAUCCUGUCAGCACCGCCUCACGCUGGAUGCAAUGUGAUGACUGAGCCAGCAGAGGCCACCAGGGACUCAAUGCAAACCUGUGAUUAGGUCUAACAGCAGUGAGACGCCUCCAGUCUUUGUAUUGGCUGAACUGUGUGGGUGUUUACUGAGUGUAUCUGACAUCAGCCUCAGUGUCUUCUUAGCUCACAUCUCAUUAAUAAAAUGAAUAAAAUAUUUGUGUAGCUUUCAAAAUUUGACAUAUUACUUCCCCUACUUCACUUAAACAUUACUUAGACAGAGAAGAACCAGUCUGACACACACAAGAGUGCGUCUUUGCCAUUAGCUCAACUAGUUAUCCCUUCUUCUGCAUGUAUUUUGUUUAUGCACAUAUUCGUGUGGACUGUAGCAAACUACCAUGUGCAGUAUUUAUUGGUGGAUGUGUACUGUAUUAUUGUGUGCAUAUUUAUUACGAUGUCUAUAUGAAAUUUACAAAAUAUGUUUUUAUGGCACCUUGAUAACAUAACAAGAGAUAGCAGAUGAAAACUGGCUGUCUUGGAUAACUAAUUUACAGUUAUUAUCAAAAAAGCUAAUUAAACAAAAUGAGGGCAGGCCUGGCUCAAUAUUAAAAUAAAAUUGCAACUUCCUAACAAAGCUCAGUUAUGAGAAGAACACUGAAUUUUACUGUGGUGUAAUGAAUAAGUGACAAACCAAGACGACUUCUUCUCAAUUAAAACAAGCCCUAUAUUCCAAAGUA